CGGCUUUCAUUAUAUAUAAAGAAUAGAGUUCCAUUCCACCUACCGCUUUCCUCUUCGCCAUAUUAGCUCAAAGGCUGCACAGAGAGAGAGAGAGAGAGAGAGAGAGAGAGAGAGAUCAGUUGGUGGAGCAGGAGGAGCCGAUCCCGCAGCCAAAUCCUUUUGAUCUGUUCUCCUCAGCAUCCGCAUUUCAAUAAAUUACGGUUUAAGGAAAAGAUUUGGAGACGAUGGCGAGCAUGGCUCGGCUUCUGCUUGGUUCCUCUCCGAUUCCCAGGCAAUACCAAUACCACGGCAACUUUUCCGUUACUCCCUUUGCUGCUGCCAUUUCAUUUCCGCAUUCUUCUGCGUCCUCGUCUCUCCCCAAUCAGCGCUGCCCUUUUAAUCUAAUCCACGCGAAGCACCUCUCCGGACCAACCAACUUGCGUGGCCAAUCCGAGAUACCAUUUGCCGGGGGAGAUGGUGGGGGAAACGAUGGGAUCGGACGCGGAGGCGGCGGCGGCGGAGGCUGGAGUGGAGGAGAUGGGGGGAGCGACUCUGGUGAUUCGUCGUCUUCAUCGUCGUCUGCUGGGGCUUUUGGGAUUCUGGGUCUUUUUCUGAGUGGAUGGAGAUCGAGGGUUGCGGCCGAUCCCCAAUUCCCCUUCAAGGUUGUGAUGGAGGAAUUGGUGGGUGUCUCUGCCUGUGUUAUCGGAGACAUGGCUUCGCGUCCCAACUUCGGCCUCAACGAGCUCGACUUCGUUUUCUCGACGCUCGUGGUUGGAUCCAUACUGAACUUCACGCUUAUGUAUCUUUUGGCACCAACCCUGUCCGCUUCUUCUUCUAGUCUCCCCGCCCUCUUUGCCAAUUGUCCCACGAGCCACAUGUUUGAACCGGGUGCCUAUACCAUUCUCAAUCGGUUCGGGACUUUUGUGUAUAAAGGAGCUGUGUUUGCUGCAGUUGGGUUCGCCGCAGGGCUGGUGGGGACUGCCAUCUCAAAUGGGUUGAUCAAUUUGAGGAAGAAGAUGGAUCCCACUUUCGAGACCCCCAACAAGGCUCCUCCGACGCUUUUGAAUGCGCUCACAUGGGCCGCUCACAUGGGUCUUAGCAGCAACUUCAGGUACCAAACUUUGAACGGGAUCGAGUUCUUGCUGGACAAGGGGCUUUCUCCAUUGGCGUUCAAGUCCUCAGUGGUGGUUCUCAGGUGCUUGAACAAUGUUCUUGGGGGGAUGUCGUUCGUGAUAUUGGCCAGGUUCACUGGGGCACAGAGCGUCGGGGAGCCCAAGGCAGUUGCAGAAGGAGAGGUUGGCUCGGUUGCAGAGAAGGAGAAGCUCAUUGAUGGGGCCGAGGAUUUCCAGAGCAAGUGAUAUGUUUCAGUUGGGUUCAUCUCCCACUUAAGUCUUUUUGGCUCUUUUAACAAUUUUCCUAUCCUUCUCCAUAUGUUCAUAACUUUGGCUUGGUUGUGGCGGCUUAUGCUGAUGAUAAUAAUAGUUUAGCUGCAAUAAAAAUCUUAAUACUA